AAAAUUUCUCAUCUGCUUCACGUUUACCAAAGACUUGAAUCAACUAGUUGAAUAGACCCUUUUCAGGUACCAUCCAAGUGUGUAACAUGGCUAUUCAGUUCCAAAGUUCGGCUUCAUCGGCUUCCCAGGUGAACAAGCUUCUCGACUCGUUGCUACCAGGGAAUUCAGUCUCCAGCACAGACCAGCAGAGAGACAAUGUCACGUCCACAUCGCAAAUUAUCAACAUGGCUCAAAAGAAACUGAAACCUGAAGAGAUUAGACGUAUUCAGAAGAAAGAAAGACAUAUUAAGAGACAGAAAAUAAGAAAACAACGUGAUCAAAAGGACCACGUUGAAUCCACAGCAAAGUAUGAACUUUUACAACAGCAUGCAAAGACAGGGAAUCUCACGAAUCGAGAGAAGAAAGAGUUGAAGAAACUCAUCAAUAGAAACGUCGUGAGCUUGCAAAGCUGGAAGACAGAGGCAGCAGACCAAAUAGAAGAUCUACAAAGAGAAAUACUCCAGCUGAAGAAUACAGACCGUUCAAAGAAGAGAGUCAAACAGAAAGUUCUUGGGAAGGACUUAUACAAGAAGAAAUUGGAAAGGAAAUAUCCAGGUCUUACUCCAGGUCUUGCACCUGUGGGACUGUCAGAUUCCGACGAUUCUGACGAUGAGUAGACAUAUCACCCUUAAGUUCUAAUAUUGCCGUAUAUCAAUUAAUUAAUGCACAGUUUUUAUAUAUAGUUCAUCCUAUGUAUCAACAACGUUUAUUC